GGACAGGUAUGUGUUUGUAUGCUCUUGUUGUGCAUACUGUAGGAAUGCACAAAAUGAAAAACGUUGAACUACUUUAACUUUGUAUAAUUGGUCUGACUUGAAAGGGCAAUUCGGAAACUGACGGAAGCGACGAUGGCGUCUGUGGAAGCUGAGAUUGGAGCAGGGGAUAAAGUUGUUCCCAACAAACCAGCGGUGACCUGGGGGAUGCGGAUCCGUAAGAAGCUGAAGACGGUGACUCCUUUCCUGGGCAAGUUCAGGCCGCUGGUGGGGCAGUGCUGCCACAAGUGCACCCCCGAGAGCUUGGGUCGAAAGCCACUGCAACUGCAGAACACACCAUCCCUUGGCUUCCAGAACCUUCUGUACAUCAAUGAAACUCACACCAGGUACCGUGGCUGGCUGGUGAGGAGAGCGUGCUGUGUGCUGUUCGUGGGGAGCUGCCGAGUGUACAGCAGCCAAGGCCGCGACCGCCUCCACAGGCUCUGCUGCAACGACAGGGCAUGGAGCCUGGUGUCUACCACAGUGACGUCCCGCUCCCCUGAUGAAAGCUUCCUGAAGCAUCUGGAUGAGUCUGCCCUUGCUCGAGCCAAUCAGAUCCUCCGCCUGGCCUCCGCCACCAUCUCCCCUGCCCUCCUCAGGUUUGGAGGUUGGUUCCUAUUGAAGCUCUUUGACAUCCUCUUCUGCAGCGUCCAAGUCAACCUCAACCAACUGGCCGCACUGCGCAAGGCCGCCCAACUGAAGACUCCGCUGGUGUUUGUGUCGGUGCGGCAGAGUGUCCUGGACCAAGUGCUUAUCGCUCUGGUGCUCUUCUGCCACAGUCUGAGAGUGCCCUACACCAUCUCACCUCAACCUGUCAACAGCACUCUCCUCAGGGCCGUAUUACGAAGGCUGGGUGUGAUCUUACUGCCAUGCGGUGCGGCCAGUGAAGAGGAAGCUGAAGCAGACAGCAUGUAUUCGCCAAUCAUGACUGCUUUGAUGGGCGUGCUGCUCCAGGACGGCGAGAGCCUCAGCAUGAGCCUGGCGGCGGACAGCGGGCACGGGGGCCAGUGGUUGGCACGACUACAGCGGGCGCUGGGAGACGGCGGGCACACUGCUGACGUGAACCUGGUGCCAGUGGCCAUCUCUUACGACCAGCCCCCCGACCAUGAGCUCGGAAUGGGGAAGGGCGGUGUGAUGUAUUUUGUGAAGUGUGUGAUGGGCAUGCUGUGGACUGGCAGACGAGGCAGCGUGAGGAUCCAUUUUGCCCAGGCCUUCUCCCUCAAGGAGAUGGUGGAGACGGGCCGCUGUCGGAUGAACAGAGGUCGCCCCCUAGAGGAGCUUCUAAUGCCCGUCAUACUCAACCGCAGGAUGGAGGUGGGGUGCGGGGAGAGGGAUGUGUCCUGGCUGCUGCCGGCCUCCCUCAUGCCGGAGCUCCAGCCCGACGAGAGGCAACAUACCGUCGCCCUCACACUGCACCUCCUCUACUCCACCUCUUCCUGUAUGGCUGUGAUGGCAACACAGCUGAUUUCCUGUCUAAUGCUCCACAAACAUCGCAAGGGUGUGCGUGUGUCAGCCCUGUGUCGCGAGGCGUGCUGGCUCCUGGAGGAGGCCUUGUUCCGGAAGCGUGACGUGGGCUUCGCCGGCUCCCUGGUGGAGGUGGUGUACUCGUCCAUCGUCCUGCUGGCCCCGCACCUCUUGAUGGCCGCGCCGCCCCCCACCGCAGAGCCCCUCCUGGCCCCCAGGCUGCAGCCUGCCGCCCGUCACGCCCUGGCACGCCACGCGUACACACUCACACACGCCUUCGCCAACGAGGCUGUCGGAGCUUGUGCGGUGUCGGCCAUGCUGCGAGAGGUGGCGUGUUGUGGUGACGUGGGAGAGAUGGAGUUUGACGUGGCGCUGUGUCAGGAAGAGCUGAGUGACAGAGCCCUGCAGCUCACCCUACUGCUGCCUGCUGGAUACAUACCGCCGUGUCAGUCUGCGGAGAGCUUCGCCCUGGAUGCUGUGGACAGCCUGGUGCGCUGUGGAGUCCUCGUCAUGGAGGAGGUUCCCCGUGAGACGCCGGUGUGUGACAUCAUGAAGAGGCAGGGUGCUCUGACGUGGAGCGCUGCCGACGAAUCAGAGAACAGCGACUCAGACUGUGAAGAGCACGAGGCUCGCUCCUUCAAGCUGAGUCACCCGACCCAGUGUCCAGACAUGCUGUUCUUCCUGUGCAGUCUGCUGAGUGUCCAGCUGAGGGCGCUGUGCUGGGCCGUCCAGGCCUUAGACCAUCUCAACACCCCACUCUCGGUGCCUGAGUGCGUGACCCAGCUGCACGCUGCUGUCCAGGACCUGGCCAACACGGACAGGCACCAUCAAGAGAGCUCUUCCUUGGACUUGGUGAAGACCUCCGUACGUACUCUGAUUGACCUUGGGGUUCUGACCGAGGAGGGAGAGGGCAGCUGUGCCCGUCUCCAGCUGAGUCCCUCAUUCCAGCUGAAAGACAACCGGGAGACGCUGCAGAAGUUUGUUGCGCAGUUUGUCUACAACUAACACUGACACACUCACAAUCACAAUCACUCCAUCACACACACACA